AAACCUCGUUAACCGUUUUUCAUUCUUGUUCGUGUAAAUUGGAGAUGGAUAAGAGCAUUUUUAAUGGCAUGUCUGAUCUUCCUGAAGAGGAUAAGCAACGAAUGUCCACCAUGGUAGACCAGCUACAAAUUCGAGACAGUCUAAGGAUGUAUAAUUCAUUAGCGGAGCGAUGUUUCAAGGAUUGUGUCGAUACAUUCUAUCGGAAAUCCCUAACCAGAAACGAGGAAGCGUGUGUUCUCAGGUGUGCCAAAAAAUUCAUGAGGCUUUCCAUGCAAGUUGGUUCCAGAUUUUCAGAUCUUGACCAAGGUGCACAUACUGGUGUCUCUCAAUAGCCUCUGUCUUCUGGACAAUUGAUUUUUUUCAUUUUUGUAACAUGGAACAAUUUUUGUAUAAUGUAUGUCCACUUUAGUGGUUCUAAACCAGAAAUUAUUCAUGACAAGUGAAAUUUCUUUAGAUAGAGUAAAAGAAAAUGUGAUACUAUUGGUUUUGUCAUGAUGUUCA